CGCCAUGGCAGCGGCGCUGGGUGGCAUGUGCUCGGGGCAGCCCCCUGGGCCCCCGCCGCCACCGCCGGGGCUCCCGGGCCAGCCCUCGCUUCUUCACGCGGCGCCAGGCGCUCCGAGAACUUCCAACACCACCUUGGUGGACGAGCUGGAGUCGUCCUUCGAGGCUUGCUUCGCCUCCCUGGUGAGCCAGGACUACGUCAACGGCACGGAUCAGGAGGAAAUUCGGACGGGUGUUGAUCAGUGUAUCCAGAAGUUUCUGGAUAUCGCAAGACAGACAGAAUGUUUUUUCUUACAAAAAAGGUUGCAGCUGUCUGUGCAGAAACCGGAGCAAGUUAUCAAGGAGGACGUGUCGGAGCUGAGGAACGAGCUGCAGCGCAAGGACACGCUGGUGCAGAAGCAGCUGGCCAAGCUGCGGCACUGGCAGCAGGUGCUGGAGGACCUGAGCGCGCAGCACCGGCAGCCGGCCGAAGGCCCGCAGGGCUCGCUGGCCUACCUGGAGCAGGCGUCCGCCAACAUCCCCGCGCCGCUGAAGCAGAGCUGAGCGGCGCAGAGCCCGGCCUGGCAUGCGUGCAGGUGUGUGUGCAGGUGUGUGCGUGUGCAUGCGUGGUGGCCACCGGACUGCUUGGUCCCGCUGUGCGGCGCCGCCUUGGACGGACUCUAGAGAAUGCGGCAGUUCCCACUUUAAAACUUCCCCCUAUUUUCAGAAGCUAAUUUUUGAGCAUUUUAUAAAAUACCUACAGCUUUAGAAAAACAAGUAAAUGUUUACCUCUUUAGCGAA